AUGCCUCGUAGCCCAACAUCAAGUGAAGAUGAGAUGGCACAAAGCUUUUCUGACUAUUCUGUUGAAUCUGAAUCAGACAGCUCCAAAGAAGAAACUAUUUAUGACACAAUUAGAGCAACUGCAGAAAAGCCAAGCAGCAGAAUGGAGGACAGUCAGAGCAACACUUUAGUGAUUCGAAUUAUAAUACCCGAUCUGCAGCAAACAAAAUGCAUUAGAUUUAACACAGAAGCUUCAGUGUGGGUUGCAAAACAGCGAAUUUUGUGCACUUUGAAUCAGAGUUUGAAAGAUGUCCUGAAUUAUGGACUGUUCCAGCCUGCAAGCAAUGGUAGAGAUGGGAAGUUUUUGGAUGAGGAACGACUUCUUAGGGAGUACCCACAGCCAGUGAAUAAAGGAGUUCCUUCACUAGAGUUUCGAUACAAGAAAAGAGUGUACAAACAGUUCAAUCUUGAUGAAAAACAGCUGGCCAAGCUUCAUACGAAGGCUAAUUUGAGAAAAUUUAUGGAUCAUGUCCACCAUCUCUCAGUGGAAAAAAUCACAAAGAUGUUGGACCGAGGACUGGACCCAAACUAUCAUGACCUAGAAAGUGGAGAAACACCCCUAACUUUGGCAGUUCAGCUUGACAAUACAGUAGAAGUGAUAAAAGCUCUGAAAAAUGGGGGUGCACAUUUAGACUUCAGAGCCAAAGAUGGAAUGACAGCUCUGCACAAAGCAGCCAGAGCCAAGAACCAAGUAACCCUCAAGACCCUUUUAGAGCUUGGAGCAUCUCCGAACUACAAAGACAGCUGUGGCUUGACACCACUGUACCACACUGCUAUUGUGGGAGGGGAUCCAUACUGCUGUGAACUGUUACUCCACGAACACGCUACAGUCAGCUGCAAAGAUGAAAAUGGUUGGCAAGAAAUCCAUCAGGCUUGCCGAUAUGGACACGUCCAACAUCUAGAGCACCUCCUCUUCUACGGCGCCGAUAUGUGUGCGCAGAACGCCUCAGGAAACACUGCGCUGCACAUCUGUGCCCUGUACAACCAGGAGAGUUGUGCAAGAGUGCUGCUGUUCCGGGGAGCCAACAAAGAGAUUAAGAAUUACAACAGUCAGUCUCCAUUUCAG